UCUGACGGAAUAAUAAGGUCUAUGUUUCAGGAUCAUAAAAGAGAUGUCACAUCUACCCCAAAAAUCUUAAGGUAUUGAGUUAUCUUUGAAAUUCAUAUCAUUUGUUGGAGAGUUCGGAAAAAACAACCGAUCAAAUGUUUUCGACCAUAUUUUUAUCCAAAACCUUGAGACACGAGGUUGAACGAUCUUAUAUCCCACUCUUAUAGCAUCAAUGCCACCGCAUUAAACAUUAAUUUAUGUAUCUAUGAAAAAAAUUGUGUCUUUAGCCGGAGAUGGCUGAUCGCUUCUUUCCGAACGACUUGCCACCACCAUUGGUGUCAGAGACCAUACUUGAAGAAGCAACCUCUUCCCAAACACCAACACCACACUCUCUCACCUCACUCCUUUCUCUACCUUACACAACACUAACCUCAAAGCUUCAAGCUGCAGCACUUCACUUCAAACAAUCGGUGGUGAAUGAGACAUGGGGUUCAAGUGGGAACCGUGUGAAGGACUAUACUCUUUACACGGGGGUUCUUGGAACAGCAUAUCUGGUUUUUAAGGCCUAUCAAGUAACCAAGAAUGUGGAUGAUCUUAACUUAUGCUUGAAGAUUGUUAAGGCUUGUGAUUCUGCUUCAGCAAAUUCAAGUUACAGUCUUGUCAUGAUAUGGGAGAAUGGAAGUAAGGUGAUUCUAGUUUUAUUUGCUAAUGAAUUGAGUUGCAGUCGCGUGACAUUCAUCUGUGGCCGUGCUGGUGUUUGUGCUCUUGGUGCUGUCAUAGCUAAGCAUGUUGGUGAUGAGAGAUUACUUGACUAUUACCUUAGACAAUUCAAAGAGAUUGAGCUACCCCGUGAUUUGCCCUAUGAGGUAUUGUAUGGCAGAGCAGGUUACUUAUGGGCUUGUUCAUUCUUAAACAAGCAUAUUGGUAAAGACACAAUACCUAGUACUCACAUGAGACCAAUUGUGGAUGAAAUUAUAACAUCGGGUAGAAAAUUGGCUCACAAGGGAAGAUGUCCUUUGAUGUAUGAAUGGCAUGGGAAGAAAUAUUGGGGUGCUGCUCAUGGACUUGCAGGAAUCAUGAAUGUGUUGAUGGACAUGGAACUCAAGCCAGAUGAGGUUGAAGAUAUCAAGGGUACACUACGCUACCUGAUUAAGAAUCGGUUCUCGAGUGGCAAUUAUCCCUCCAGUGAAGGAAGUGAAUAUGACCGCCUUGUGCAUUGGUGUCAUGGUGCUCCUGGAGUAACUCUUACGCUUGUAAAAGCAGCUGAGGUUUUUGGGGAUAUUGAAUUUUUGCAAGCAGCUAAAGAGGCAGGUGAAGUAGUAUGGAAGAGGGGUCUUCUUAAGCGAGUUGGAAUUUGCCACGGCGUCAGUGGGAACACGUAUGUCUUUCUUUGUCUUUACAGAUUGACAGGAAACAAGGAGUACUUGUACAGGGCUAAAGGAUUUUCUUGCUUUCUACUUGAUAAUGCACAAAAAUUGAUUGCUGAAGGAAAGAUGCAUGGGGGAGAUCGCCCUUAUUCGUUAUUCGAAGGUCUUGGAGGACUGGCUUAUACCUUUCUAGACAUGAUUGAUCCACAAGUUGCAAGGUUCCCUGGCUAUGAACUUUGAGUCCCUUGAUAGAUGAAGCAACAUAGGUGUUGUAUAUUACAGAUGUAUAUUUCCAUCCCCGAGACCGCAAUAUUUUGGGUUUCCAAUAAGAAAUUUUGUAAAUAUGGAGUAAAAACUGCAACUCUGGAAGUGUAGUUUUUAACUGCAAUAUGAUAUGUUCAAGGAGUAAACUGUGAUGCAUGGUUCAUAAUCUUAGUGCUCCAUGAUACUUGCUAUGAAA